AAAGAGUAUUUUGGUAAUAUCCCACAAAAGCUAUGGCUUUUCACCCAACAUCUGUCCCCUCCCCCUUAUAUAUUUUUAUGAGAGAGAGAGAGAAAAGAGAGAGAGAUUUAAGAAGUGAAGCUUAGCUAGUUGAGAAGCUGAAUUCUCGUAUAUAUCUACAAUUUUCUCUGUCCAAAUAUUUGGGUGACAUCCUCUUAUCUAUUUAUAUGCAUCACCAAUUCACAAAUUCUUGCCACAAACACUACUAUUUCUCUUCACUACUAUAUUUGCCUUCUUCAAUUAUCCACUUUUUCUGUAACAAAAAAAUCUUUGUUUCUUGCUCUUCAAACUUGUGCAGUUUUUGAAAAAUGAAGCAUUAUUCCCACUAGCUGAAAACUGUUUCAGUUACUUGAUUCGAGCUAGCUCACAUUUUCAUUCGAAAAUGGCGAAGGGAAUCUCGAAAACAUACGGAAUCUUCGUGUUCGUGUUCGUGUCCGUGUUUUCUGCAUGCAGAGGUUUCGAAGGUUCGGAGCUCGAACUACUUAUAUCAGUGAAAUCUUCAAUCAAUGAUCAAUUUGGGGCACUCAGCAACUGGAAUUCCUCAGUCCCCUUCUGCAAAUGGAACGGAAUCUCCUGCAGCUUCGAUUCGUCCCACGUUUCGAAGAUUCAGCUGCCCGGAAAGAAUCUCUCGGGGAAGAUUCCGGAAUCCAUCUUCAGAUUCCCCUACGUCGACUCCAUCGACCUCUCCAACAACCAGCUAUCGGGAGAGAUCCCGCGGAAUCUCUCCCACUGUCUCUCUCUAAAGCACCUCAACCUCAGCAGCAACAACCUCACGGGGGCGGUCCCCACGGGACCGCCCCCGCUGCUCGAGACGCUAGACGUGUCGGAUAACAUUCUCUCGGGGGAGCUCCCCGCCGACAUCGGGCGGCUUUUUCCCAGUCUCAAAGUGCUCGAUGUCGGCGGGAACGCUCUCGUUGGAAGAAUCCCGAGCUCUGUCGCGAAUCUGACGGAGCUGGAAUUCCUGACGCUGGCGUCGAACCAGUUUUCCGGCGAGAUUCUGCGGAAUCUCGCCGGGAUGAAGCGACUGCGGUGGGUUUACCUCGGGUACAACAACUUCACCGGCGAGAUUCCGGCGGAGAUCGGUGGGCUGGCGGCGCUGCGGCAUCUUGAUCUAGUGUACAAUAAUUUCAGCGGCGGAAUCCCGCCGUCGUUGGGGAAUCUCACCAAUCUCGAGCACCUGUUCCUCUACUUCAACAAGCUCACCGGCGAAAUUCCGAAGCAAAUUUUCGAUCUCGAGAAAUUGGUGUCGCUCGAUUUGAGUGAUAAUUUCUUCUCCGGCGAGAUUCCUGAGCUGUUAAAGAAUCUGCAGAAUUUGGAGAUUCUGCAUUUAUUUUCGAAUAAUUUCUCUGGAAAAAUCCCUAAGGCUCUAUCGUCGCUGCCGCAUCUUCAAGUUCUUCAAUUAUGGUCUAAUAAUUUUUCCGGCGAAAUACCUCAAGAUCUCGGAAAAGGAAACAAUCUCACGGUGUUGGACCUCUCCACGAACAAUCUCGAAGGAAAAUUGCCGGCGAAUCUCUGCGCGUCGGGGCGUUUGUUCAAGUUGAUCCUCUUCUCCAACUCUUUCUCCGGCGAGAUUCCGGCGGAUUUGAGCCGUUGCAAGAGCUUGCAGCGCGUCCGCCUCCAGAAAAACCGGCUCUCCGGUGAGCUCCCGCCGGAUUUCACCGAGCUACCGAGGGUCUACUUCCUGGAUAUCUCGGGGAACAAUCUCUCCGGCGGGAUCGGUGACCGGAGAUGGGACAUGCCCCAGCUCGAGAUGCUGAAUUUGGCGAACAACAAGUUUUUGGGGCCGUUGCCGGUGGAUUUCGGCAGUCAGAAGCUCGAGAAUUUGGACUUAUCCGCGAACGAAUUUUCCGGCGGAAUUCCGGUGAGUUUCGGGCGUCUCUCGCAGCUCGUGGACCUGAAAUUAGGCGGGAACGAGCUCUCCGGCCGAAUCCCCGACCAAUUAUCCGAUUGCAAGAAGCUGGUCGCGUUAGACCUCAGCCGCAACGAAUUGAUCGGAGAAAUUCCGGCAAGUAUCGCCGCCAUGCCGGUGCUCGGACAGCUCGAUCUCUCCGCCAACGAAUUGGCGGGAAAAAUCCCAUCCGAUUUAGGGCAAGUGGAGUCCCUCGUCCAAAUCAACGUCUCCCACAACCGCCACCUCAGGGGCGGCCUUCCCGCGACAGCGGGGUUCCUCGCGAUAAACGCGACCGCCGUCGCGGGCACGCGCCUUUGCGGCGGCGAUGAGAUAAGCGGUCUGCCGCCAUGCAGAGGCGGGAGAGGAGGCACCGCCCGCCUCCGCUGGCUCGUGCUGGCCCUCCUCCUCGCCGCCGUGCUAGUCUUCGGCGUCGCCGUCCUCGCCGCGCGUCGGCGGAGCGGGCCCGUGGCGAAGAGGGUGGAGAGCGAGGGCGGCGGCGGCGGCUGGGAGCUGCAGCGCGCGAAUUCGAAACUCGCGCGGUCGAUCACCGCAAACGACGUCGUUUCCGCCAUGAGGGAGGAAAACCUCGUCGCCAGCGGGAAACUAGGUUUGUCGUACGUCGGCAAAUCGUCGUCGAAUCGGAAAAACUUCUUCGCGAAGGAGAUCGCGGCGGCGGCUCCGACGGCCGAGUGGUGGGGGCGGUGGGCCCACCUCAGCCACCCCAACGUGGUGAAGCUGUUGGGAAUUUGCAGGUCGGAGAAGGCGGCGGUGAUGGUGUAUGAAUACGUGGAGGGGAAGAAUUUGAGCGAGAUUAUGGGGGGAUUGAAUUGGGACCGUCGGAUCAAGAUCGCGGUGGGGAUCGCGAGAGCGCUCAAGUAUUUGCAUUGCCGCUGCAAACCUAGCGUGGUGGUGGGAGAGGUGGCAGCUGAGAGAGUGAUGGUGGAUGAGAGAGAAGAAGCGCGCUUGAGGUUGAGUUUCAAUUCCUAUGUUGAUCAAGGAUCAAAAGGCCCGACCCGAAGCAGCGACGUAUUCGGGUUCGGGCUUCUCGUGAUCGAGCUCCUGACGGGCAAGAACCGGGCCGACAACGCGGAGCUCGGGGUCGGCGGCGGCGUGGUGGAAUGGGCGAGGUAUUGCUACUCCGAUUGCCACGUGGAGAUGUGGGUUGAUACGGCGAUGAAGGGCGAUCAUCAAGCCUUGGCUGAUCGCCAGAAUCAGAUGGUCGAGACCAUGAAUCUUGCGCUGCAGUGCACCGCAGGGGAUCCGGCCGCCAGGCCCUCUGCAGCGGAUUUGCUCAAGAAUUUGGAGUCCAUCGUGAGACCGAGUUCCUGUGUAUCUGCAGGGUUUAAUAAGCUUUUUUCUGCUACUAUUUAGUUUUUUUUUUUCAUGAUUUUGUUCAGGGUUUUCUUUUUAUCUUUUUUCUUUUUCUUCUUCUUGAUUUUAGUUUUUUUUUAAUGGCCAUAAAGUAUAAGAGAAAUGGUUGUUGAUGAAUCUUUUGGUUGAUGCUGUAAUAAUGGCAUGCUACUGAGUGUAUAAUUGUAGAUAGGAUAUUGAAGUUUCGAAUAUAUAUUAUAUAUUAUAUAUAU